GGUUUUUUCCCCGAUAAUCUGAGAGUUUUCCCGGAAACCCAGUUGGAGAAGAUGCACGAUUUUUGCUUCACGAUCCCCUACGGGUUGGUGCUGAUCGGCGGAGGAGUUUUUGGAUAUUUCAAGAAGGGGAGCACGGCUUCUUUGGCUGGAGGCGCGGGCAUCGGAUUGCUCCUCACUCUUGCUGGAUAUAUCAGUCUCAAAGCCUUCGAGAAGAAGAAGAACUCGUAUCCUGCUCUGAUUCUCGAAACGGUUUGUGCUGCCCUGCUUACGUGGGUCAUGGGACAGCGCUAUCUGCAUACUUUUAAGAUCAUGCCGGCUGGUGUUGUUGCUGGUAUCAGCGUUGUCAUGACUGGAUUUUAUCUGUACAAAAUUGCAACGGGUGGAAACCAUAUUCCGGCCAAGACCAAGUAAUGGUAUUUGAGGACAUACUGCCAAAACUUAUAAGCUGACAUAUUUAAAUUACACCCUUCCACUUCCACAUGCCCAUAUUUGAUGUUACCAAGCUGUUAGUCAAUCCAAUAUCACUAGAUACUGUGCUAUCAGGUGUGUCAGUGUGUGUAUAAAACGAUAGACAAGUCUGAAAUUUGUCGAAAUCUUGCUUCAUUCA